AACCAGAAAAGAGACAUGUUGCUAACUUCUUCACUUCCAUUUCCAGCUGUCCCAUUUCCUCCCACGCAGCGGCUCACUCUGAAGGAGGUGUUUGAGGAUGGGAAGCCGAGGCUUGACGUCUUGAAGAGCCACUUGGUAAAGGAAGGGCGGUUGGAAGAGGACGCGGCGCUGAAGAUCAUCAACGAUGGGGCCGCCAUCCUUCGGCACGAGAAGACCAUGAUUGAAGUGGAAGCUCCCAUCACAGUGUGCGGUGACAUUCACGGGCAGUUUUUUGACCUGAUGAAGUUGUUUGAAGUUGGAGGAUCACCCAAUAACACCCGCUACCUCUUCCUGGGAGACUACGUGGACAGAGGCUACUUCAGUAUAGAGUGCGUGCUGUAUUUAUGGAGUUUAAAGAUCAAUCAUCCCAAAACGUUGUUCCUCCUUCGAGGGAACCACGAGUGCAGGCACCUCACAGAAUACUUCACCUUUAAGCAGGAAUGUCGAAUCAAGUAUUCGGAGCGAGUGUACGAUGCGUGUAUGGAUACAUUUGACUGUCUUCCUCUUGCUGCCCUCUUAAACCAGCAGUUUCUGUGUGUUCACGGAGGACUGUCCCCAGAAAUCACGUGUCUAGAUGACAUUAGGAAAUUAGACAGGUUUAAGGAGCCUCCAGCCUUCGGGCCGAUGUGUGACCUGCUCUGGUCCGAUCCCUCCGAGGAUUACGGCAACGAGAAGACGCUGGAGCAUUUUGCCCACAACACUGUUCGAGGCUGCUCCUAUUUCUACAGUUAUCCUGCAGUUUGUGAAUUUUUGCAGAACAAUAGUUUGUUAUCUGUAAUCCGAGCUCACGAAGCCCAGGAUGCUGGGUACCGAAUGUACAGGAAGAGCCAGACAACAGGCUUUCCAUCGUUAAUCACAAUCUUCUCUGCACCAAAUUACCUAGAUGUCUAUAACAACAAGGCUGCUGUACUGAAAUACGAAAACAACGUCAUGAACAUCAGGCAGUUCAACUGUUCCCCUCAUCCCUACUGGCUUCCGAACUUCAUGGAUGUCUUCACAUGGUCCUUGCCUUUUGUAGGGGAAAAGGUCACAGAAAUGCUCGUUAACAUCCUCAACAUAUGCUCCGAUGAUGAGUUGAUUUCAGAUGGUGAUGAGACAUUGGAAGAUCACUACAUUUCAAGCUAUCCGAAAGGUGGGACAACAGUCCGUAAAGAGAUCAUCAGGAAUAAGAUUAGAGCCAUUGGGAAGAUGGCGCGUGUCUUCUCGGUUCUUCGGGAGGAGAGCGAGAGCGUGCUGACUCUCAAAGGCCUGACUCCCACAGGUACCCUGCCCCUGGGAGUGCUCUCAGGGGGGAGGCAGACCCUACAGACUGCCACAGUAGAAGCAGUAGAGGCACGGGAAGCCAUUCGUGGAUUUUCACCCCAGCACAAAAUCCGUAGCUUCGAAGAAGCCCGGGGGCUGGAUCGUAUUAACGAGCGGAUGCCCCCCCGCAAGGAUUCCAUGCACUCGGACGGGCCGGUCAAUUUGGUAACCUCAACAAACUCUGCUGACAAGAAUGGCACGGGGAAGAAAACCCAGUAACAGUCCCAUCUGCACCACUUCAAACAAUCAAACAAAACAAAACAAAACAAAAAAAAAGGAUCCAAAACUUAACGAUGAAUUUUAUUUAUUUAUUAUUAUUAUUAUUAUUAUUAUUAUUAUUAUUGGGGUGGGGC